UGCUUAGGUACUUCACUUCAUUCAAAUAACCAAUGUGGACUCUGGAAUUAUUGGUCUGUCAAACACAUUAUCAAAAUUUAUCAAAAAUACCGAAAAAAUGAAAGAUAUUACGUGUUUCUCAGCUGCUUUCUUUGAAUUAAGCACGGUUUAAGUUUCUGACAACUCUAAACAUAGUUUAAUUUAUAAUAUUGAAACAGGAACAAAAAUAACAUUAUCAAAUUAAUUAUUUUACCGACGAGGAGGUUUGUCGCGGGUAGAACAAGAAUGAAGUUGUGCUGAGUUUGCUGCCUUCCACUUCACAACCAUUCCAAAUAAAAAUAAUUAAAUAAGAAAAAAAUGGCAAGAUAUUUUGAAAAUACAACCACAUACAAUUACAGCUGGGAUCAAGUGGCUUGUGGAUACUGGAAGAGGUAUCCAAAUCCACAAAGUACACAUGUGUUAUCCGAGGACACAUACAGCCGGCAGGUGAAAGAUGGCUGCCUCUAUACCAAGAGGCUCCUCACCAAAACCAACAGGGUACCAAAGUGGGGAGAAAGGUUUUUCAAUUCAAAGUCAGUAAAGAUAAUUGAGGAGAGCAUUGUGGAUCCAGAGAAGAAACUGCUUGUCACAUACACAAGAAAUAUGGGCUAUACAAAAGUGAUGAGCGUAGUGGAGCGCGUGGAGUAUCGCGCGGCGGGCGCGGGGCAGACGGUGGCGCGCCGCUCGGCCUGGAUCGACUCGCAGGUGUUCGGCUUCUCGCGCGCCAUCCGCGCCUUUGGCAUCGAGCGCUUCCGCAAGAACUGCUCGCAGAUGGUAAACGGUUUCAACCACGUAUUGCAAAACCUGUUCCCGCGCGCUACGAGCGGGAUGGGCGGCGUGGGCGGGCUGGGCGCGGUGCACAGCGCGGCGGCGCGGCACCCGCUGAAGGAGAUGCGCGAGGCCGCGGCGGCCGCCACCGACCGCGCCAAGCACAACGUGCUGUCGUCCGUGCAGCGCACGUAACCAGGCCGGGACGCCGCCGCGCCCGCCACGCCGCGCAGCUAGCCGCGCUCCAGCCCGCCCACGUCUAGCGAUACUUCGUCUAAGUUGCCAAUGUCGACUGAUUCUUCUCGUCGUUCUCCGAACGAAGACGAACUUGUCUCGUUAUAUCACGGCGAGGAAACUCGUGUCUACCUCCGCUGCGGACUUCCGAGAAGUGUCCGUCGACAUUCCGCCUGUGACGAGUGAUAAUGGACGUUAUACGUGUUCGAGACGAGUCGAGUACGCCGAGGUUUAGUGAGAUGUCAGGUCGAAACUACUUCUUUUAGACUAAAUUGAGUAACCUUAUGAGGAACAACGGGUCAUUCUUUAUAUAUUCUUAUAUUUCAAUCAUGUAUCUUCGAUGCUUAUCAUGACUUAGCUAGCUAUACUGCACUGCCACGACACUACUCGUACCUUGUACCACAUUCCAACUGUGGAGCUAUGUAUGUGCAGAGCCUCUACAGAUUUAACCAUUUAUAUCAACAAUUAUUUGUGCACAUAUUUGCAUGUGCAAACAAGAAGAUAAAGAAGUGUGAGAGCUAUUGGCGAUUGUGUAAAAUCUACAGAGGCUCUAAUUUUACAAUUUCUAAAAUUAUUUUGAAUGAUUUGAAACAAAUUCCAUUGUUCUGACAGUUUUCAAAGCAUUUUUUUUGCUUCACUGUAACUGACUGAAAUGUUUAUUUAUCUAUUUAUUGUUUAGGGCACUUGGAGAUAUUUAUAUUUUCUUGUGGCAAUGUGUGCUCAGCAUGAUUUAAACAUGAAUUUAAUCUGAAACCUAUCAAGUUGAUUAGGAAAUAAUAUAAAAAUCCAUAAACGCAGCAUUUCUCAGAUUAUAAUAUAUUUGUCAUUGAACUUUAUAUACCUUUUUUUUGGUGGAAUAAUAAUUUUAUUUUGUUAGUAUAAUGGAAAUUUAUGAUGAAACAGUAGAUAAUAAUUUGUAUGAAAUGUUUGAACAUGUUAAUUAUUAUUUUUAACUAAAUCCAGCACAAGCAAAUUACAUUCUGUGGCUUUAUUUUUCCCUUGCCACAAAUGAAACAUAUAUCUUUAUACAUGUCAUGAUAGAUGUAAUUCUAGUCUGUAAUAUCAGAAAUAUACCUAGUUGUGUUAUACAUGUACAACAUUAUUGCAUUUUAGGUGUUUUACGUAUGAUUGAUUUUAGUAUCUACGCCUAAAUGUGAAUAUAUUUCUGUGAGAGUAGCUUAGUGUUGCGCCCAUCUUUAAAAGAAGAAAUUAGUAUUAGUUACCACUUCGCAAAUAAGAAGAUCAAUAAAUGAGUCUAUGAGUACUGCAA